AUGUAUUAUACGAUUUGAUGCGGGCGUUGUACGAUUUGAUGGCAGGGUCCACCAAAGCAUGAUCCCCCGUUCAGAUUGGAAAUUCGAAAGCUUGAGGACGAUGAAUGAUAAUGAUUAAUACCAGACGUGCUCAAUAUUGGACCAGCAAUCGACAAACUCAAACAGUAGCAUCUGCACGGCAGUCAGCACCCUCAUCACACAAUAUUUUACUCUGCGUGUACACGCGGAGUAGAAGUAUCUGACACUCCUAAACACCGUGAGUCUGUGCUUUUGUCUCUACCUUGCUUUUCAGCUGGGUCAGCCUUGGAGCUCUGUCCGCCAUGGCAGAAGUGAGAGAAGGCCGCUGGAUCUUUACUUCAUCAGUGUCGGAGGAGGAUUCCGGCCUCCCACCCGACAGACCCAUCUUCUCAAGCAGAUGGAGAAGGUGGCAAAGAAGUACAAGGCAGAGUUUGUGGUGGACGUUAGCGAUCUUGGGGAAGAUGAUCCGCUCAUGCAGAAUGGCACCCUCCAUUUCUCGACACUGAAAGUUCCCUGGUACACAACCAGAGUUUCGGAAGGAAAAGGAGGAGGUUACUUCCAGAAGAAGAUUAAGUUACCUUACGAGAAAACCUUGGAUGUCAUUGUGGUGGAUACUGGAUUAUUUCAGAAUUUGACCACGGGAUCAUUAAGCGAAGUUGGAAACGAUCAGUUACGUUGGCUGAGAAGGACACUAGAGUCAACCAGUAGUAACUGGCGCGUAGUCGUUGGAUUCCAUCCACUGGCUAUUUGUGAAGAUGGUGAGGAGAGAAUGGAAGAAACGCAAGUUUUCGAGUCUCUACGAAGUACUAUGACGAAAUUUGAAGUGAACGCAUACUUAAGCGGGCAGGGUUGCGCUAACAGCCCCCGAUCAAGUAGUCUGAGCUACAUCAGGAACCCGGGCAAGAUGGCAGCAGGUGCUCAUCUUGCUUCCGUACAUGAAACAUCAGCAUCUAGAAGGAAACCUACUUCGUUACAUCAGCUGGAGAAGUUGUGCAUAGAUCUGUACUCCAUCAGAGAGGAAAGGAGAUCAUGUAAAUUGGAUUGCAUCACUCACUGUUGCUCCACUUCUUUUCAAUCCUUCGUGUAAAACCAAAGGGCAAAAUUUUGAGUCCCACCCACACCCAAGAGAAAGGGAAGUUUUUUCAAUGUGCUUUGAACUUAGUAUCCAACUAGAAAUUUAUACCCGUGCGUUGCUGCGGGAUUGAAAAUUGUAUGAAAACUUAUGAAACUUCAUUCUUUCAAUAACCAAUGUUUGAGUCAUAAA